AAUUCAAAGCAUAUCACCGCCCUUCAAACAGUGCCUCUGCUUUUCGACCCUCACAAGAAAACCGCUUAAGAUUUCUACUUUCUCUGCUUCCUCAUCUCUUCAAGAAUCCUCAUCCAAACCCCAUCCAAAGAUCAACGUGGAUUCAUGGCUCACGAAGAAGAAGAGCCGAAAAGGGUCCAAUACCCACUGGACCCGAUCUCCUACAAGAUUAUUGAUGAAAUUGGCGUUGGUGUUAGCGCUAUUGUUUACAAGGCCAUCUGCGUGCCCAUGAACUCCACGGUAGUGGCAAUCAAAUCAAUCGAUCUCGAUCAAUUUCGGGCUAGUUUCGACGAUGUUAGGCGCGAAGCGAAGACCAUGUCGCUUCUCUCCCACCCCAACAUCCUCAACGCAUACUGUUCCUUCACAGUUCAAAGUCGCCUCUGGGUCGUGAUGCCAUUCAUGUCUGCUGGCUCUUUACAAUCCAUCAUUUCAUCUUCUUUCCCGGACGGCUUAACCGAGCCAUGUAUUGCCAUUGUUCUCAAGGAAAUCCUAAACGCCCUGUCCUAUCUUCACAACCAAGGACACCUUCACAGAGACAUCAAGGCCGGAAACAUUCUUCUAGAUUCGAACGGGUCAGUUAAGCUUGCAGAUUUUGGAGUCUCCGCCUCGAUUUACGAGUCAAAUUCGACUCAAGAGGGGUCCUCAUCGUCGUCUUUGAUGCUCACUGAUGUUGCGGGCACGCCUUAUUGGAUGGCGCCGGAGGUGAUACACUCGCACAGCGGGUACAGUUUCAAGGCUGAUAUAUGGUCCUUUGGAAUCACCGCACUAGAAUUGGCCCACGGACGCCCUCCGUUGUCCCACCUUCCCCCUUUAAAGUCUCUGCUCCUGAAGAUCACGAGGCGAUUUCGAUUCGCAGACUAUGAAAAACAAGAGAAGGACAAGAACAAGAAGUUCUCGAAGGCUUUCAAAGACAUGGUGGCUUCCUGUCUCGAUCAAGACCCAGUAAAGAGGCCCAGUGCCGAGAAGCUGCUGCAGCAUUCAUUCUUCAAGAAUUGCAAGAGUUGUGAUUUCCUCGUAAAGAAUGUGUUGCAGGGGUUGCCUAGCGUUGAAGAAAGGUUCAAAGAAGGAAAGGCUAUACAUGCGGGGUUGACGACCAAUAAUAUUGGCGAUGAUGAUGAGGAGGAGGAUGACUCAGCGAGGCAGAAGACAAAACAGAGAAGGAUUAGUGGAUGGAACUUGAACGAGGACGGAUUUGAACUCGAGCCAGUAUUCCCAACAGAGUCCCAAGACGAUUCAGUCGCGAAACAAGUUCGGUUUGGCAGCGAAACUAUAAUUCAAGACAAGCAGGAAGGCGAGUCGGGUACUGUAUCUGCAGGCGAGUUGACUCCAAGUUCUUCGGGUCAUGUUGUUGAGGAGACUCAAGGAGUACUGGGCGAUCGUAUUAGUAAGGGUAAGAAUGUAAAUGUAGAUGAGGAUACUGAGGUUAGAGGUGGGACUUUUGACAGGGAAGCGUUCCUGGCGGAUCUGUUUGCGUUGAAGAGUAGCUUGGAUGAGCAGAGGGCAACAGUGUGCUUUCUGAUUGGUCAGUAUCGUCAGCAAACAUUUGGGGAAAUGAGCUGCGAGGAGCAGAUGGCUCAUACGAUUCAGAGGCUGAAGGUGGAGUUGGAGAAUGAGAGGAGGAAGAACCUUGAGUUGGAGAGAGAGUUGGAGUAUUUCCAGCUUCAGCUUUCUGGUGCAUUUUAGGGAGAAGAGAGAAUGUGCUUUGUUGUAUGUUUAGCCUUGACUCAUAACUAGAGUGACCUGUGAUUUGAUUUCAUGUAGUGAAAAGUUUUAUGUUGUUGAAAGAUCUUAAUACAACAUUUUUUUCCCCU